AUGAAGCUGGAGUGGCAUUCUCAGCUGGAUACGGAGUACAAGCCUGCCAAUAACUACCGCCGCACCUCCAUCAUCUGCACUAUUGCUGGUCUCAAUGUUGUCCGCAUGAACUUCUCCCAUGGAACUCACGAGUACCACAAAUCUGUCAUUGAUAACGCCAGAGAAGCUGAACGCCUCCAAGCCGGCCGCCCACUCGCAAUCGCCCUCGAUACCAAAGGACCUGAGAUCCGUACUGGCAACACUCCCGGUGACAAGGAUAUUCCAAUCAAGGAGGGAACAGAAUUGAACAUUACAACCGAUGAUAAAUAUGCCACCUGCAGUGAUGACAAGAACAUGUUUGUUUCCCGACAUCUAGUUGCUUUUCUUCUCCCUUCCCAAGCUAACCGCGGUAUGCUCAGGUACGUCGACUACAAGAACAUCACCAAAGUCAUCUCCAAGGGUAAGCUGGUAUACGUAGACGACGGUGUCCUCUCCUUCGAAGUUCUCGAUAUCGUCGACGACAAGACCCUGCGCGUCAAGUGUCUGAACAAUGGCAACAUCUCAUCCAAAAAGGGUGUCAACCUUCCCGGAACAGACGUCGAUCUCCCUGCCCUGUCUGAAAAGGACAAGCAGGAUCUCAAGUUCGGUGUCGAAAACGGCGUAGAUAUGAUCUUCGCCUCCUUUAUCCGUCACGGAAGUGACAUCAGGGACAUCCGGGCUGUCCUGGGUGAGGCCGGAAAGGAGAUCCAGAUCAUUGCCAAGAUCGAAAACCAGCAAGGAAUGAACAACUUUGACGAGAUUCUGCAAGAGACCGACGGCGUCAUGGUUGCUCGUGGUGAUCUCGGCAUCGAAAUCCCCGCCGCAAAGGUCUUUAUCGCCCAGAAGAUGAUGAUUGCCAAGUGCAAUAUCAAGGGCAAGCCAGUCAUUUGCGCCACUCAGAUGCUCGAGUCCAUGACCUAUAACCCACGUCCAACCCGUGCAGAGGUAUCUGAUGUCGCCAAUGCUGUGCUUGACGGCGCAGACUGCGUCAUGUUGUCCGGUGAGACUGCCAAGGGUAACUACCCCAAGGAAGCGGUGGUGAUGAUGCACGAGACCUGUCUUCUCGCUGAAGUUGCGAUCCCAUACGUCAGCGUAUUCGACGAGCUGCGCAACCUUGCCCCUAGACCAGCGGAUACUCUAGAAUCUAUCGCCAUGGCAGCUGUUUCCGCCAGUUUGGAACUAAACGCCAGUGCCAUCUUGGUCCUCACCACUUCCGGAAACACUGCUCGUCUGCUAUCCAAGUACCGUCCAGUCUGCCCAAUCAUCAUGGUCACUCGCAACCCAAGAGCCGCACGAUACUCCCAUCUAUACCGUGGCGUCUACCCCUUCAUCUUCAACGAGCCCAAGCCCGACUAUAACGUCACCGAGUGGCAGAAGAACGUCGAUCUCCGUCUCAAAUGGGGUAUUGCUCAAGCCAUUGAGCUCAAGAUCAUUUCCAAAGGCACUUCAGUCGUCUGUGUUCAAGGCUGGCGUGGCGGCCAGGGACACACCAACACCAUCCGUGUCGUCCCCGCUGAACCAGACCACCUCGGCCUCGUUUAA